AUUUAUUUCCCAAGCAGAACAUGAUACCUCCGGCUUGCUUGAAUCAUCAACCCCAGUAACUGAUUUCGUGUGCGUGGCAUUCUUGAUUGUUUGACUCUAUGCCCCCGUUAGUAACACCUGCAAUUACCAAACUUCUCCCUCGCUUUCUCCGCCCCCGCUUUAAACUCUCUCUCCCCCUUUCUCUGUCAUCUCGCAACAAGAAGCUCGUUCGUUCCAAAGUGCAAGCAAACAAAGCUCUCUCCCCUUGUCUCUCUGAGACCCCUUAUCAAACACCUUGGUGACACACUAAUUCAUUCAUCUGCCGACGCAAUGGCUUCGGCUUUCUCCGCAAUCAAAACUAUGAAUCAACCUCUCCAUCGCACUACGAAUAACCCUUUCAGUAAACCCACCUCACCUUUCCUCGGAUCAGGCCGUGAAUUCCGCCCGGUUCCUUCAUCUGCUCCGGUUCGCCGCCAAUCAACCAUCGUUGCCGUCUCCGAUGUUGUCAAGAAAAAAAGGACCAAUUCCAUUCCCUUUUCCGGCUCCGAUCCGCUGAUCACAAGAGAGGAAGGCUUGGAGUUAUUCGAGGACAUGGUGUUGGGCAGGGGUUUCGAAGAUAUGUGUGCGCAGAUGUAUUACAGAGGCAAAAUGUUUGGCUUUGUUCAUCUGUAUAACGGCCAAGAAGCUGUAUCCACAGGUUUCAUCAAACUCUUAACCAAGGAAGAUUCUGUUGUUAGCACCUACCGCGAUCACGUUCAUGCCCUCAGUAAAGGUGUGCCUGCACGCCAAGUCAUGAGCGAGCUUUUUGGCAAGACUACUGGCUGCUGCCGUGGACAGGGUGGGUCCAUGCACAUGUUCUCCAAAGAGUUUAAUGUUCUCGGUGGUUUUGCUUUCAUCGGCGAGGGAAUUCCAGUGGCCACUGGUGCUGCAUUCACCUCCAAGUACCGGAGAGAGGUGCUGAAAGAGGCGGAUUCUGAUCAUGUGACGUUGGCUUUCUUUGGGGAUGGUACUUGUAAUAAUGGCCAGUUCUUUGAGUGCUUGAACAUGGCAGCACUGUGGAAACUGCCUAUUGUGUUUGUGGUGGAGAACAAUUUGUGGGCAAUCGGGAUGUCCCAUUUGAGGGCGACUUCUGACCCUGAGAUUUGGAAGAAGGGUCCUGCAUUUGGGAUGCCGGGAGUGCAUGUCGAUGGGAUGGAUGUGUUAAAAGUGAGAGAGGUGGCUAAGGAGGCCAUUGGGAGGGCCAGGAGAGGGGAGGGACCAAGCUUGAUUGAAUGUGAGACAUACAGGUUUAGGGGACACUCAUUGGCUGAUCCUGAUGAGCUUCGUGACCCUGCUGAGAAGUCUCACUAUGCAACAAGAGAUCCCAUCACAGCCUUGAAGAAGUACAUGUUUGAGCACAAUCUUGUAAAGGAAGAUGAGUUGAAAGCCAUAGAGAAAAAGAUUGAUGAGAUGAUGGAAGAUGCUGUGGAAUUCGCAGAUGCAAGCCCACUUCCACCCAGACCUCAGCUUUUAGAGAAUGUCUUUGCAGAUCCUAAAGGUUUUGGGAUUGGCCCUGACGGGCGGUACAGAUGCGAGGAUCCCCAAUUCACUCAAGGCACUGCUCAUGUCUAAUAUCUCAGUGUCAGAUUUCUUGUUUUCUGCUCAAUAAUCAAAAGCUGUAAUCAGAUAUUUUUCUCCCGUCCCCUUUUUUGAACUCGUUUGUAUCCCAAUUACUUUCAUGAUAGUGUGUGUGCACGCUGUUGUUUUUUGUUUGAGAUUCCGCCGGCAAAGUGCUACCGAGUUGUAUUCGAGUUUGCUAUAGCUUCUUAUCUCCA